AAAAAAGAGAAACAACUCUCUGGUUUCUAACUGCAGGCUCUGCCUUGCCGAGGGGCUUCAGCACUGCGCUUCUGUGAAGUGUCAUCCCACCCAAGGGUGUGCAGCAGUGUGUAUGAGUGAUUGUGUGUGUAUGUGAGCCGGAACCUCAGCAGCCAUGUCGGACCCCAGGGACAUUGAUGAGGAUGCCCUCCUCAAGGGCCUCAGCCCAGAGGAGCUGGAUCAACUGGAGUAUGAGCUGCAGGAGAUGGACCCUGAGAAUGCCAUGCUGCCAGCUGGUUUACGGCAGCGUGACCAGACGAAAAAGAGCCCGACGGGGCCAUAUGACCGUGACGCCCUCGGUCAGUUCCUGGAGAAGGAGGCCCUGGAGCACGCGGACAGGGAAGACCUGGUGCCCUUCACUGGGGAGAAGAAAGGAAAAGCCUUUGUUGCCAAGCCACCAGCGGAGAUCCCCGAACAUGAGCAGGUGACACUGGAGCCGGAGUUGGAGGAGGCUCUGAAAAACGCCAGUGAUGCAGAGAUGUGUGAUAUUGCAGCUAUCCUCGGCAUGUACACCCUGAUGAGCAACAAGCAGUACUACGACGCUUUGGGCGUCACAGGAACCAUCGCCAACACAGAGGGCAUCAACAGUGUAGUAAAAGCAGAUCCAUUCAAGGUCUUCCCCGAUGAGCCGCCCAACACCACCAACGUGGAGGAAACCCUGGAGAGAAUCCACAGCAACGACAGCAGCUUGACUGAAGUCAACCUCAACAACAUCAAGGACAUUCCCAUCCCGACACUGAAAGAGAUCUUUGAGGCGAUGAAGGGAAACUCUCUCGUGGAGUUUCUUAGCAUCGCUGCGACCCGUAGCAACGACCCUGUGGCCUACGCGUGUGCUGAGAUGCUGCAGGAGAACACCAGCUUGCAGAGUCUUAAUAUCGAGUCCAACUUCAUUACUGCAGACGGCAUGAUGGCGAUUGUUAAGGCUAUGGCCAACAACGCCACGCUGGUGGAGCUCAAGAUCGACAACCAGAGGCAGAAGUUGGGAGACUCAGUCGAGAUGGAGAUCGCCUCCAUGUUGGAGAACAACUCAAGCAUCCUCAGGUUCGGCUAUCACUUCACCCAGCAGGGUCCUCGCGCCAGAGCCGCCAUGGCCAUCACAAGAAACAACGACAUGAUUCGCCAGCAGAGAUUAAGAUGAAAGCAACAUGAAGAAGAACCCCUUCGACCCGCUUGGAGCCUGCAAACUGACUGCCGUCGACAAACUUGUGCAAGCUUGUCAGCGUGGAGCACGAGAGCUGAAUGAACCGCCAAACAUCCAUUUCAUUUCAUUUCAUUUUGUUUCAUUUACCACAGCCGGCUUUGUGUAGACUGCUGAAUUCAUCAUAAAGGCGUGUAGAGGUCAAAAGCAAAAAUGUGAAGUGUCUUUUCUUUUUCUUUUUUUUUGUGCUUUUCGUUUGUGCAUCGGCUAAAAAUCAUCCCAAACAAAAGGUUAACUCUUUUCAUUCAUGGAAACGUUUUCAAUAUGGUGCUAUCUGUGGGAAGAAAACAAUCUGUAAAUACUUUAAAUAAAAUAUAUAUUCAAAUA